UUGUAAGAUCUCUAUUAAGUAGAACACACUUAACAGAGUGACUGACUGCAUAAGCAAGAUUGACCCAUUGACUCGCACAAAACCUGGAUCACCGUCUUUCAGACAACCCAACAUAUCAAAUGCGGGAAAAUUUGUUUCAAUGUCAUCAGUUCUGGUCGGAUCCUUGUGCCACAGGAUGUCGGGUAUUCGAGUUGACCGGAAGUUUCGGAAUCGUUGGUUGGUCCCCUAGUUUGACAUCUGGAGGGCAAGAAUCUAAAUGGGUUUUCAUAAAGAAAUGUAGAUUCAAGAUUUGAUUAGUAGUAGUUUAUAAGGAUUAAAGAGUGAAAGAAACAGAAAAGCAAAGAUUAAACAUUUCUUUAAAUAGCUUUUCUUAGGUAACUUCAAAGCCCAAGAGAGGCAUCCCCAAGAGAGUAAUGAAUAUGGACUGUGGACUAGAUUCAUCCAUUCACUUCAUUUCUACUGUUGUCUCAUGCAUCCAACCACCGAAAGUAAUAUGCACUAAACCCAACAAAAGACUAUAAACAGAACCCACAAGGGUCACAUACAGAUCUCAUUUGUAAUUACUAUAUUAAGUAUAUAAAAUCAAUAUAUAUGGGGAGAUGUGAUCUGUUACACGAGCGGAUGCCCGUGGGACAAGGAGAAUGUUUUCUGGUAAUUUCGAGUUGAAUCAACCAAUGAUUCAUUGGGUUUGCAACAUUUCCUGAACUUCACCAGUCUUCAAUGUCAGAAUCCUUGACAGGGAAGCAAUAUUCAUGGAGGAACACCAAGCACAGGGCUUCCUUCUCUGUUACAGAAUCUAAGCUGUCUCUCUAAUGUCUACUUCAACCGUUUACCUAUAUAUACUUUCUGCAGGGAGGAACUGAAAGAAAGGUAUUGUACAGAUAGAGAAUUAAUGGAGAGUGGUAGUUAUUUGAGUUGGAAGAAUAAUUCUAUGGGACUUCACUGGCUAGAGAAAGCACAGGAGGAUGAAGAGCUGGGCAUACAGUCACUGUUGUCGCUAUCGUCCAUCCCUCCACCGCAAACACCCAAGGAACCCAUGGAAUUCUUGUCGAGGUCAUGGAGUCUCUCUGCUUUUGAAGUCUCCAAGGCUUUAGUUCACAAACAGAGUCAUCAUCUUCUUGACAAGAAUUCAGAUACAGUUUCAAUACCGGAGACAAUCAUGGAGCCACAAUGUACGAGCAAAACAGUUAAUCCAGUUAAUGCACUACGAACAGCAGGGGUUGGAAAAUGGUUCCAUCACAUGGAGUUUAACCAUAACAAGAAGAAAGAGAAAGAGAAGGCACGUAUAGAAAAUGCUCGUGUGCAUGCUGCUCUCUCUGUGGCAGGAGUUGCUGCAGCCUUGGCUGCUGUGGCUGCAGCAGAGAACUCCAAUAGCCAAAGCUCAAGGAUGACUGCAGCUGUGGCUUCAGCUACAGAGCUCUUGGCAUCACACUGCAUUGAGAUUGCUGAAUCAACAGGAGCUGAUCAUGAUCGAGUGGCUUCUGUUGUUAGAUCAGCAGUAGAUGUUAGAACUCCGGGUGAUUUAAUGACUCUGACAGCUGCGGCUGCCACAGCUUUGCGUGGAUCUGCUGCCUUGAGAGCAAGAAUUCCCAGGGAAGUGAGGAACCAUGCAGCAAUAACUCCAUAUGAUAGAGGUGCCAGUCCAACCUGUUCUGCUGCUUGUCAGAAGGAAAUGGAAAUCCAGAAUUCUCCGUGCAAAGGUGAACUCCUUCAACGAACACGAAAAGGUGUGGUGCACUGGAAGCGAGUCACUAUCUACCUCAACAAGAAUUCACAGGCCAUUGUUAAGGUCAAACGCAAACAUGUCGGAGGAGCCUUCUGUAAGAGGGAUAAAUGUAUCGUUUAUGGUGUUUGUGAUGAGAUUUCAGCAUGGCCAACGAUGAAAGAGGAGGGUGUGGAAGGAGGCUACUUUGGAUUGAAAACUACACAGGGUCUUCUAGAGUUCAGGUGCAAGAGCAAUGCACAUAAACAGAAAUGGGUUGAUGGCAUUAGAAGUCUCCUAGGCCAAGCUGGCUGUAUUGAAGAAACAGAGCACUCUAUGGAAUUGUUAAAUAUUAACUGAAGAAGUUUCUGUAUAUUUGUUUCAUAAAAGAGGAACCAAGUGCAAUGCUGAGACUGUAAAUACCUCUUUACUAAAGAAACUUCACUGGCAUUUUCUGUUUCCCAGGCUAUGGAUUCACUUUGUCUCAAUUCUCCCCACUGUAUUAUUCAUUAGAUAUGCAAUUGUGUGCAUUGUACUUCUCUUUUCAACAUCAUUUGGCAAUAUUACACUGGAAUGAGAUCUACUUAA